CUUUCUCGCGAGCCUGUUGAUCAGGUUUGACGUCUUUGUCUUCUUCCUUGCUUCUUUUGCUUUACUCGAACUAAUUUUAAUACUUAAUAUACCUUAUAAUCAACGACGAGAGCUGGUUUUUCUCUCUCUCUCUCAAACAUUGGCGCCGUUUCUCUCUACAGAGCUGGUUCAUCUGCUGCUGCAACGUGAGGAUAAUCUUUUCUUCAACCAUGGCGCUGACAUUCAAUUCUUCAACACGGCCUUCGCUUUCUCGGCAGGUUCGAGCCGAAGGAUCGCUUAAUACUAUAAUGGAAGAUUCGCAGGAGGCCCGAGGCAACUAUAUCGGACGCAGCUUGCAUAGAAUCAUCACGGAUGGCCAGAGCCACCAGCGCUACGACAGCUCCUCCAGGGCCAAGGCUAAGAUACAUCCUCGUGGCGCUGGUGCCCAUGGAUCCUCUCCGCUGGCACAGCACGGAGAUGGGAAUCGCUUCUCGAUCUCCUCCUCGAGGAGGGCUUCCUGUUCAACGGACUGUCGGGCACGGCACCGGGACCAUUUCGACGACCUGUAUGACGCAACGGAUGAAUCGGACCGUGAAAGCUGUCCCUCCUUGUCGAGCCAGGCUGAAACGGGGUCAAACAGCUCGUUCACGGUCUCUGAUGCAAGCAGCAUCUCCAAGGAUAGCCGUCGACGGACGUUCCCUACGCUGUACAUUCCAUCGUCCAAGGUCGGUGCCAAAUCCUCACCUCUUCCUCCUACUCCGCCGCCCAAGAUCCCCGUUUCUCCUCUAGCCCUCGCCAAGCUGCCUCAAAACGUCCCUAAGAUCGCUGCUCCGCCAUCUCUGGCUGGAAGUGCCAGCGAGGUGUCCGAUAGACCCUCAACGUUCAGUACCCCGCAAACUCCUGAUCUGGCUGAUGUACCUGAUGUCAAUUGGGACGAACAGAGGUUACGAGUGCGUGGCAAUCUGGAGUCUGGACACCCUUCCCGAUCCGCGAGCGCUUCAGCCAGCCCACGGCUUGAUGUCCAGCUGGACGCACCUGAAGACUGGAGUGCUUUCCUUGGGAACUUCCCGCGUAUUCCAGCCCAUGCCGUCGAGGAUGGUUCGUCUUCGGUGUGUGAGUCGGAUGCCGCGCCGUCCGUGGAAAGCAACAGAGGAUUGCAGCUUCCUGUUGCCGCGCUGGCUGCCCUCCAACGCUUCGAGGUGAAUUCAGACCGUUUUCAAAGCAGACCGCCCUCAGAAGUGGGAGAAGCGAAAGAAAUGCACGAGCUGCUAUCUCACAUGCGUAACAAGGAUCCUGGCGAUCCCUUGUCUGCGUCGGCCUAUUCGGGAUCCUCGUUCACCUCGUUGAGUGUGCCCUCACCCGGUGGUUUCUUUGCCUCCCUCAAGGGACAAGCCCGGAAAACAUGGUGUUUUUCAAGUGCAAACACGCCCACCUCGGCUAUGGCUGAGAAAUUUUACGACUUGCCGUGGGAUCCGCAAGGAAAUACAAUCGUCGAGCAAGUUGUCGAAUGCCCGGAUGAUGGCACGGAAGGCCCUCCCACUGCGAAAGCACUGGUAUCAGGCCCACCAACUGCAAGAAAGAUCCCAGCGGAAUUUGCCGAAGAAGCGCAACGCGAAGGAGUUCGUGACGGGCCCGACAACAACAACAACGAAAACAACGACAAUGAUUAUGAUGCGACCUACGCGAAAGCUUUAAAAGCUCAUUCUAUGUCCAACCUUGAUCGCACUACCCUUUGGCUGGCUACUCAAUCGGCAUAUCUAACAGGAAUCGAGGACAAACGCCUUAAUGGCGCCGUUCAAGGAUCGCUAGGAAGUGCGGCAAGUGGGAAAGUGGGUGAAACCAAGCCAACUGCCGAUCAUAUAGAUUCGACUAAAUAUUCGGAACGCUCUACAAAAGUGCUUUCGGAGCCCCCGAGCAAACCUUUGCCAACAAAAGAACCCACGUUUUAUCUCGGUUUUAAGCAUGUUCAGCAAACAUCACAGAACGCUGAUGCUUUCCUCCAUAGCAACUUCCGGUUUGAAGCCAUGCAGGCUGCCCGUCUAAGUAUGCCUGCGAAACAUGUUGAUCAUGUUGCGGGCAAAUAUGAAUUGAACAACCCGGUUCGCCCUCCGUACCGAGGGCCCUUCGCCCAGGCACCACGUAAUUCCAAACUUCCAUCAGUUCUUCAGGAGCAAGUCAUGUUUUCAAAUGUUGAGAAGGAGCAGGAUGCCUUGGUACAACUUCGCGCUUCAGCCUGGGCUAUCGAGGCACUGAAGUUUCUCAACGGUGGUCCCCUGGUACCUAGCCCGGCGGCAAAGCGAAUGGCAGAAGCUGCUCCACCGGGUCAGCCGAGAACUCCUGGAAAGCGUCGAGUUAAAGCUCUUGACCUUGGAGGUCAGUCGGCAUGCGAGUGGGGAUGGCAUCUUGCGAACGAAUAUCCCAACGUCGAGGUCUUCACCGCCGUGACAAAGGAUCAAGCAGUGAGUCCAGUGGAGGCACCUCCUAAUUACCAACAUAUAUCUGUUCCUUGCCUCUGGAAACUUCCGUUCAAGGAUAACCAAUUCGACCUCAUUUCGGCCCGGUCCCUGCACAUGUUAUUAAAAUCUUCUCGGCCGGUCGGCGCGCGCGAUGAUGAAGUCGACAUGUGCCUGAAAGAAUGUCUCCGCUGCUUGAAACCGGGUGGAUACCUCGAGUUCUUCCUGAUGGACUCUGAAAUCGUUCGUGCCGGUACAUAUGGGUCUGCAACAUCCGUCGAGUUCGGAUUCAACCUCAAGACCCGCGGUUACGAUCCUGCGCCGACAAAGGCGUUCUUGUCGAGGCUCCGCAAGGCAAAUUUCGGAGACCUCAAACGGGCUUGGCUGUUCCUGCCCAUGGGAGCGCCGUAUAAUGAACAUGCUCAGGUCCCUGGGAUAAGGACACCAUCCUCACCGGAUACUGCUGAGCUAAUGGGAAGUACUGCGGACAUCGCCAGUACUACCGGCCUGUUUGGCGGCUGGAUGUGGGAGCAGUGGAUGUUGAAAUUGCAGGUGGAGAUGGGCCGCGAUAAUCAUAAGUUGCUUGAUGAGACGGCUGCGGUUAUUGAUGAGGGGAGGAAGUGCGGUGCUGGGUGGAGAUGCUUGAGUGGAUGGGCUAUGAAGCCUAAGAAAAAGCAGACAUCGUAGACUCUUGAUCCUUUUCCUUUGUUGAGUUUUCUUGUCCUAUGAUCUGAUUUAAGCAAAGAUAAUAUGUUUGAAAGUCCAUCAUGCUGCCUUUGGCGAUGCCUCGUGUACGUUAAUAAUGCCCACUGUAAGCUAGGCUUAGAUUGUUGUGUCUUUUCUGGCUUUAACUUAGAGUCCCACUUGACUAUCGAAGGCAUUCUCUGCUGUAAAUUCCA